UGAAACUAACCCUGUCACGCAGCCAUGGCCGCAGACAGCUCUGUACUAAGUCUCCAGGAUGAACUCUCUUGUUCCAUCUGCCUGGAGUAUUUCCAAGAGCCGGUGUCUAUCCACUGUGGGCACAACUACUGCCGAGCCUGCAUCAGUCAGUGCUGGGAGGAGACAGAUACAAACUUCACCUGCCCGCAGUGCAGAGAAACCGCCCAGCAGAAGCUUUUCAGGCCCAACAGGGAGCUGGGGAAAGUUGUGGAAAUAGCCAGGCAGCUGAGUUUCCAGGUCAAAAUAACCGCAGGAGGGGAACAAGGGUGUGAGCUACACCGGGAGGCCCUGAAACUCUUCUGUGACACGGAUCACCAACUGAUUUGUGUGAUCUGCAGAGAGUCGCAAGUUCACAGAACUCACACUGUUUUCCCAGUAGAGGAGGCCGCCCAGCAGUACAAGAAACAAAUCCAGACCCGGCUGCAGACUCUGAAGGAAGAGAGAGAAAAGCUCCUGGGGUUGAAAGUGUCAACAGAAGGGAGAAGCCGGGAGUAUCUGGAGAAGACAGACGCCCAGAGGCAGAAGAUUGUGUCUGAAUUUGAGCGGCUGCGCCAGUUCCUGGAGGAACAAGAGCGACUCCUGCUGGCCCGGCUGGCAGAGCUAGAGAAGGGAAUGACAAAGAUGCGGGAUGAAAAUGUCACCAAACUCUGCGAGGAGAUUUCCCGUCUCAGCGAGCUGAUCCGUGAGAUGGAGGGGAAGUGCCGGCAGCCAGCAAGUGAAUUCCUGCAGGAUGUCAGAAGCACCCUGAGCAGCCUGUCUCCUAGGUGCAAGAAGGGGCAAUUCCAGCAGCCAGUGGAGAUUUCUCCUGAGCUGGAGAAGAGACUCAGCGACUUCUCUUUGAAAAUCCGUGUUCUAAAGGAGACGCUGAAGAAAUUGAAAGAUACCCUGCCCUCGGAACUGGAGAGAGAAUGGGUGAAUGUGACUCUUGAUCCAGACACGGCUCAUCCCGAACUCGUCCUGUCUGAGGAUCGGAAAGGCGUGAGGCGGGGACACACGCGGCAGCAUCUUCCCGACAAUCCGGAGAGAUUUGACGCUGAGCUGUGUGUGCUGGGCUGUGUGGGGUUCACCUCGGGGCGACAUUGCUGGGAGGUGGAGGUGGGGGACGGAGGAGGCUGGGCUGUGGGAGUGGCCAGAGAGUCUGUGGAGAGGAAGGGAGAGUUCAUCUUUGGACCUGAGAAGGGGAUCUGGGCUGUGGGACUGUGGAGGAGUCGGUACUUGGUUAUCACCUCUCCUGCGACACCCCUGUCCCUGAGCUGGGUGCCCAGGAGGAUCCGGGUCUCUCUGGAUUAUACACAGGGGCAGGUGGCAUUUUUUGACGCUGAUAGUGAAGCCCCGAUCUUCACUUUCCCACCGGCCUCAUUUAUGGGGCAGCGAGUCCGCCCCUGGCUCUGGGUGGAGAUGGGAUCCCAGCUCAGGCUGUGCCCCUGAGACGUGGGGUGAAAUUCACCGCUGCACCUUUCCUCCAGGCAGAGGCUCCCCCGGCACCUGGACUCCCCGUCUCUGGGACUCUGGCCAAAUGCAGGGAGCCUCUGAACUGACACAACCUUGGGUUGCUGGAUGUGAUUAGGGCAGAGAGCCCAAUCCCAUUGCCCAGUCUGGUCCUAUCCACUCUGAUUCUGGAGAGCUCUGGCAGUCUGCCGGGCAGAUAGAGGGAGAGGAAUCCAGAGGGUACGGACAAAGGUGGGGACUGGAGAGUAGUUUUACUCCAGUGACUUCACUCCUGAUUUACACUAGGGUGGGUGAGAGGGGAGUCAGCCCCAGUGACUCCGGAGGGGUCACGCCUGAUUCACAUUGGAAUGAGUGAGGCCAGGAGGGAAUCACAUCCAAUGGGAGUGACUCCUGAUUUACACUGGUGUGAAUGAGAAGGGAAUCAGCCCCAAUUAUUCCAAUGGGAGACAUGGCUAGAAAGGGUUAAACAUCUGGUGUUUUUUUGUAUUUACAUAUGUAUGAGUAGCGUCUACAAUAUAAUCAACAAUCCCUGUCUAUGCUGUAUUCUGAUCAUUCAGAGGUCAAAAGAAGAUCCUAUCACUUAAAUGAAUUUUAAACACGGGAUAUUGUGUUAUUCAUCUCUCUUUGAAAUGUACUGUGAAUGGUGGAGGAACAAGCAAAUGGCCUUUGUUAAUUCGUAUAGCUCCUUCAAAGUCAUCCUAAUUACCUUGUUUCUCCUGAGGAACUCCAACUUGUCAAAAGACAUGAAAUUGUACAAAAGAUCCUUGGAUCCGGAUUCUGUCAUCUCAGAUCUGCUUAAGCUUCAUCAGGGGAAGUUUGAGUCACAAGAUUGAGGUCCCAGUUAGGCUGACACUCACUGAAGGUGAUAUUGGACAUUGGACUAUAAUCUAGGAACUAUUUCUGAAAGAACUCUUUGCAACCACAAAGCUCAUCAUCUCUGCUAUGAAUCUGCACCUCAAUAAAUUGAACUCAUGUCUGUAUGUAUAUUGAUCUUUUAACCAUACUCUCUUUUGAUUUUUAAUAAAUUUUAGUUUAGUUAA